CGUAGUUUGUGGUGAGGCUGCUGUGGCUGAAAGGAUCUUAAAGGAUAAAGAAGAAGCUUCUGUUGUUUAUGGCUGAGGCUGCACCUCCUGUUCGUGGAUGUGACAUGCAGGGGAACAGGCCUGAAGUUAUCAGGAGAGUGAUAAGAAGCUGUGUUUUAUUUGCAUUUCCUUUCCCAAAGGAUACAUGACCAGACUGUUCAUCCUGAAAAGCUGUACCUUGAAGGGAGUGGGGCCAAGCUGCAAAGGGGAGGAAGUCGGCAGAUUUCACACAUGAUGGACUGCAACGAUUCCCAUGCUCUGCUCUCUGGGGAGCACCUCAUCUAUGCCAUCACCAUACCGCUGUCAACUUCCAUCAUCCUGGCCAACCUUGUCAUCAUCUUAGGCAUCGCCUGGAACCGCCAGCUCCACAACACGACCAACUACUUCUUCCUCAGCCUGUUAGUGGCAGAUCUGUGCACAGGCGUGGCGCUGCCUUUUAUCCCUUUAAUGGGCCUGAACCGGGAGUUGAGUUUUAGCUCCUGCUUGGUGGCUCACGUGUUCCCAAACUUCCUCUUCCUGGCAUUCCUCUUCAACCUGGUAAUGGUCCACUAUGAGCGCUACAUUUGCAUCGUUGACCCCCUGCAUUACAAUAACCUGUGGAUGCAUCGCAGCUUUCCUCUGGCACUGCUUGUGGUUUGGGCGCCACCACUUCUGUAUGCAUCUCUACCUGCUUUUGGGUGGAAUAACUGGACAGGGCCAGAUUGGAACGGCUGUUGUGCAGGUAGCCAAAAUAUAACGUCACUUUCAAACUGUUUCACAAACAAAACCACGUGCUGCUCGUACAGGCGAGUAUUCCCCAAUGCUUUUAUCUACUUGGAGGUGUAUGGACUCGUCUUACCUGCUAUUCUUACCAUCGCUGGCAUGACUGGCCAUGUUUUAUGGAUCACCCGAGGCCAGCUGAAGGACAUUUGUCGCCUCCAUCGCUCAGUGGAGCGGGGAAGCCAGGCCUCGGACCGAGAGCAGAGGCUGAACCUGCGGUACACUCGAUGCGUGGUGGCAGUGUCGUUUACAUUUCUCGCAUGCUGGGUACCCUAUCUCAUUUACAUGCACGUCUGCAUGGCGUUCUUGAUGACGGACACCAAGUGGAGCUCCACCACUCAUAUCAUACUGUCGUGCACUGGUAUUGGAAGCAUGGCAGUGGUGCCGCUGGUGCUCGGACUAGCCAACAGGCAGUAUACAGAACCUGCACACAAACUACUCCAGAAACUAAGAGACAGAUGGAGCCGAAGGACGCAGGGAUCAGAGGAGGUGGCAGUCUGAGAAAAUACUGACAAAUAGGAAUAUUUAUGAAGAUGUAUCUGGAAGAAAUGAUGGUGGUUGAUGCCCACAGUAACCUAUAUUAUGGAAGAUUAUUAAGGCCAGGCAUAAGGGGAAGAAAAGGGGGAGGAAGAUUUUUUUUUAUUUUGCAUGAGGAAAAUGGUCAAAAUGUCAAGAACAAAGUCCAAAUGUUAUGAAUAAAGUUAAAUCUCCAGUAUUAGUGCCAGGUAAAACACAAAUAGAUCAGGGGAGGAAGUAUUUUUUCUUUUUUCUUUUUUUUUUUUUUUUGCAUUUCGAGAAAAGUUGAAAUCUUGAGAAGAAACCCAGCUGGUACCGGAUGCCGAUAUGACAUCAGAAAAUCAGGUUGAAGAUAUUUUAAAUGUCUAAUGAUGUUAGAAUUUCACGUUGUGUGCACGUUAACAUUUUGACGUUUUGCUAACUUUGUUUCUCCUAAUCAAACACAGUGCUCUCUUCAAAGUCCUAAUAUUUAUUAGCACUCUGUGUUCAUGCGCUGAAGGAAAAAUAAUAUCCUUCUUAUUAAAGCCAAUUCUGAAGUUCAGCAAAUCAUCUACACAAGGCAUUUCACGGAGGCAGUCAUAUGCACUAACAGUAGUGGUUGAUUUAUUGUCAAAAGUUCGACUUUAAUCUUGAAAUGUAAAGUUAAUAGUCAUUUUGACGAUUCUCAAAAUGGUACUUUUACUUUAUUCUAAAUAUGACAACUUUAUUCUUAUUAUUUUGUCUUUCAUCCCAGUGCAAAACAAAAAAAACCUUCCUCCUCUCCUCCCUUUUCCCUUAGCCCUAAUAAUCUUCCAUAGUCCACUAGUCAAGGCCUGCAGGAGGAAAUUAUUUAUCAGUGAUCUGAACACAAAAAGCCACUUUCUGUUUUACCACCACUACACUGGGUUAUGAAAUAUGAUUUCUGUCUUUGGCUCCCCCUUUCUGAUGGUUUUCCAUUAUACUUUCAGAGUUGUGUCAGGAGAUGUAAUUGAAAAGAUGAAGAAAAGGUAGUUCAUGUUUUCAGGACAACAUUUAUCAUUGUCUCAAAGACGACUAUAACACCAUUUGAGCAACAUGCUCACGCUGCCAACGUGCUAGUGUUUAGCAGGUAUAAUAAUGCCUGAAAUGUAAAUUCUCAGUAUGAUAACAUGAUGAAGUUAGGUUAAAUAAAACUACCCUUGUGUCAGUGUUGUGCAUCUUAAAAAUUAAGCUCAAAGACAUCAUAAUUUCUCUUUGUGCUGCCUGCUCUGGUUAACCAGUGCUAAGACUUUCUCCAUCUGUCACCCACGUGCCUGCAAUGUUUACUUCUACUUCCCUCACUAGUGUUUAUCUAUAUACUGGUAUGCAGGCUGAAGAGGGGAGAGGGAUGCAUUCACAGUCCCUAAUUCAUCUACAAGACAUGAGGAAAUAGAGCUUCAGGAAGGACAUGCAGGAAAGAAACAUGAGGUGAAAACCGUGUGUGCAAGUUGGAAAUGAGUUAGCUGCCAUAUUUAGAUAAACUGUUACAGGAAGGUUAAAUACUGUAAAAUAAGACUUCAGAGAUACUUGUAUUUAAUAAAGACUAAAGGUUUUGUCGUAAAGAUCCACCCAAGGGAAAUUGGAUUUUUAUUUGAGACUUGAUCAAACACAGAGUGUGUGUCAUGCUAUUUGUGUCCCCAGUCACAGUGUGUUUUUAAAGGUACACAGACAGUAUGUGGGUGGAAAAGCUGAAGAGGAAAAGCAGACUUUAAUCAAAUUAAAGAGCAAACAAUGUCUGAACUGCUAUGGGACAUUAGGAGGGAUGGGAUUUCAUCAUGGGGGCAAGGUACAUCGUCUGUAUGUCUUUUGUAUGUGUUGCUUUGCUAAGCCAUGUUCCAGUAUGUUUUCCACAUUGGUUUGUACGUAUAUCCGGAAAUCCGAAGAGGGAAAAAUGAAGACAGGACGAGACUGUUGGGCUCCGGCUCCUAAUGACUGCCUGCCAUCUGUGUUGAGUGGAAAGAAAAACAUUUGUCCGAAUUGUGUCUGGAUUCUAAAAGCAAUAGUUUAACAUUUUGAGAAGAAGCACAUUUGCUUUAUUUAUGAUGGUGAAAUGAGAAGACUGAUACCACUCUCAUGUCUCUAUAUUAGCUUUGCUUGGCUCUGCCCAAAUGUAACAAAAUCUGCCAACCAGCACCUCCAGAGCUUAUUAAUUAACAGGUUGUUUAAUUCUUAAAAAAAAAAGUGUAAAAAUGUCAGUUUGCCUUUUUAUAAGAAAUACUGUGUCAACAGGGUCAGCAUAUCCUCAUACAAUAGUCUGAAUGAUAUCCUACGAAAAUGCACACACAGCAGUUUGUAUGAUAUCCUACAAAAUA